GAAUUUUGAUUGAUUUCUUCCAGAAUACGGCGUUGUUCCUUUUUCUCGUGGUCCAAAAAGAUUGCCCAUGUCCAUCAGAUACUGACGGCUUGGAUUUUACGUCGUCACGGAAAUGCGGGUGAGAUAAGGAGAGAUUCUGUUAUAAGAUCAUCUCGUACCACAAAGAAAUCACGCCGGAAAAAAUGUCAGGCAAUUGCCUCAAGUACUUCUGUCCCUUCACUUACGAGUUGGCCUCAUCCAUCCCAUGGGUUUCGCAAGUCCUCGAUUUCUUCUUCCCCGACCCUCCCCACGUUCCAACCCUCCAUGUGAAGGUCUGGAGUUCGAAGACCGUCUACGUCGAAUGGCCGUCGGUGGCCGCCUGCGCCCUCGCCGGUAUCGUCGUCUUCGCGGACGCUGGGAAAAGGCUUUACCGGCUAAGCAGAACAAAACACCGGUUCAAGGGUUCGUUCUCGUGGAGCAUGGCGAUGUGGUGGUACGCAUUCAUGUGCGUGGGAGGCUUUUGGUUCCACUCGUUGGACCGGCGGGAGCUUUUCCACAAAGUGGACGUCGUUGGAACGGCGUGCUCCUCGGCGUCGAUAGUCGCUGGCUCCGUCGGAUUCGAUGACCGGAAGCCAACCAACCGCCGGAUUCUGACGGCGUUUUAUCUAUCUGCGACGGUGGUUGGCUUCUUUUGGGCCUCUCAGUUGGUGAGGGAAUUGAUGUAUCUGCUCCCGGCGGCGGCGGCCUUCAUUUCCUGCUUCCGUUUCUACCUGAACAUAGUGGCAGCCGAGUUUGGUGGUGGAAGGAAGAUGGGAGGCCGCAACGAGAAGGAGAGGAAGAGAAAGGACAAGGUUGGGAGAUGGGUCCUGGUCGCUGGGUUCGGAGGAGCUUCCAUUCUGGUCGGUCUUGUUUCCAGCCGUUGGAUCAUGGAGAUGAUCGGCCAGAAUUUCGGGCAGGCUUUUUGGGUGUUUUUCGGGUGUCACGUGGCUCUUUGGGGCCUGUUUCGGAUGCUGGUGGCCUUGAACGAUGUGGAGCUCCUGGUUUUUGCAUGAACGAAUUUAGCCGUUAUUCUGAAGAUCUUGUUGUUGGAAUGGUGGAAAGACAAACUCUAACGCUUUUUUUUAUCUGAAUUCUAACAUUUUUCUUCUUUCUUACUCAAGAAAUAUGCACGGGGUCGAUAAAACUUUAACGUUUGAUAGUUUCAAAGAAUCGCAUGGUUUAAAAACUGUGGAUUUAACCUUGUAUUGUGAUAUUUUCUCAAUACAAAUAAGUAAAAUAAAGAUUUUAAGCGUCGA